AUGUACGCAAGAUACGUACCUGCCUCCAAGAGCCCGAAGGCUGCAGUGCUUGCUCCGUCAUCUGCAGCAGGCCCCCCCCCCGAAGCACGACCGUCGCCUGCCCCGAAACCAGGUGCCGCCACGCCGAAGCUCGUCGAGGGAUUCAGCUACGCCCGAUACGUGCCGGCCUCAAAGCCCGCAACGGCCGCCGUCGCUGCUGCAACCGAGCCAAAGGCAAUACACUACUUUGACGACGAACCGAGUCCGGCCGGCGCCAAACGAAAGCGCGACGUUGCUGCCGAGCCUCGAGAAUCGCGCAGCAAAAAGCAGAGGAGAGCCGAGCCCGACUCGGAAUCUCACCGCGCGUCCGCUCGAGAAGAUGCCGUGCCGGUGGGCCAGAAGAGCGGCAAGAAAAAGAAGAAUCGGCGGAAGCGGAAACAGCGAACGAGGGCGGCCGAAGACUCCUCUGAUGAUGCCUCCGAGGAUGCCUCCGAGGAUGACCAGACCAAGGAGCAGACUCCAUCCGAGACCCCGGCACGGAACGCUGUCGACGUUCCGCCAGCGGUGCAAAGACGGACAGCUGACCUAGGAGGGGCCCCGGUGGUUGCCAACGGGGCCGAGAAGUCGGAAAGUGGCGCCGAAACGGACCAAGAGCCCGCUGCAACUAUAGCUGCGGCAGAGCCGGUUACGCAAACAAAGGAGAGAAAGCCGAAACGAGAGGAGAAGAAGGAGAAGAAGGAGAAGAAGGAGAAGAAAAAGAAGAAGAAAUCCAGCGACAUGGCGAGCCAAAAAGAGGACGAGGAAGUCGACCAAGAGGAUGCUGCACGCCACAAAGCUGUGCUCGCGCGGAAAUCGAAAUCCAUCAAGCUGGCAGCCGAAACUGCCCUCGCGGGCAAAGAAGAAGAAGGAGAACAGGCAGACGAGGAGUCGGUGCAAUCGCAUGGCUUGGAGCCGUUGCCCCAGCCCGCCAUCGCACCCGAUGCCGAAAGCAGACCAGCAUACGACACCCUCCCCGGCUGGUUAGCAGCUCCUCUGCGCGUAUCCCAGGAUACCCGCAUGCCCUUCACGGACCUCGGUGUUUCGCCACGAACUUCGCGCAUCUUGGCCGAAAAGGGUUUCGCCGAGGCCUUUGCAGUUCAAACCGCCGCGAUUCCGCUGCUGAUGCCAACGAGCAAGCAACGGCACGGCGACUUGCUGGUGUCCGCCGCCACAGGGUCAGGCAAGACGCUCGCGUAUGUUUUGCCCAUUGUCCGCGACAUCAGCCGCGGGCGCGUCACCAGACUGAGAGCGCUUGUCGUCCUCCCGACGCGGGAACUGGUCAGGCAGGCGCAGCAAGUCUUCGAGGUCUGCGCCAGGGCGUACGAGGGGCAAGACGGCAAGCGAGUCCGCGUCGGCGUGGCCAUUGGCAGCCAGUCCCUCAAGGCUGAGCAGGGGGCCCUUGUUGAGACGGGCUCGCGAUACGACCCCGACGCGUACCAAAGGCUACGAGACGGGGGCGCGCGGCUACAACAGGAAGCAGAUGGGUCGUGUCCAGCGCGCGCAGCCGACGCGACCGGCUGCGACGGCCGGCUCGGGCGUUGGAACGGCGAGGUCCUGGACUCGGCGUCCAAGGUCGACGUGCUGAUCUGCACGCCUGGUCGACUGGUGGAGCACAUUGAGCAGACGCUGGGCUUCAGCCUCGACCACGUGCGAUGGCUCGUGGUCGACGAGGCCGACAAGCUCCUCGCGCAGAGCUUCCAAGGCUGGCUGGGCCUGGUUCUGGGCAAGUUUCGAAGCGCGCCCUUUGGCGCACGCGACGCCCCGGACACGGCGUGCUCUGGAGUCCGCAAGGUGAUUCUCAGUGCCACCCUGACCCGAGACCUGAGCCUCCUGAACCAGCUGGCUCUGCGGCGGCCGCAGCUCAUCGUGCUGGAAAACGACGACUCGGGCGGCCCGGCUUCCGAGCACACGCUGCCCGCGUCGCUGCGGGAGUACGCGGUGCGGGUGCACGAAGCGAAUCUCAAGCCGCUGUACCUGGUCGAGCUGCUGAGGGGGCCUCACAUGAAGUCCGACCGCGCAGACGAGAACCCCGCUCCGACCGCGCCUGAGACCAGCGAGGGCCACGAUUCCGACAGCGGCGAUUCCGACACGUCAUCCGACGAUGCCGACAGCAGCAGCAGCAGCAGCAGCAGCAGCAGCAGCAGCAGCAGCAGCAGCAGCAGCAGCAGCAGCUCAGGCUCGUCGGGCACGAGCGCCGGCUCUGACGGCAGCGCCGACGGCGCAAUCGCACCAGCGCCGGGGGCGCGGUCGUCGCCCGAGUCCCGAGUCCCCAUCUGCCUCGUCUUCACCAGGUCAAACGAAUCCGCCCUUCGGCUGUCCCGCCUGCUCGCCUUGCUGGACCCGUCUCUCGCCUCGCAGAUCAGCACGCUGACCUCGACGACGCCCACCCACGUCCGCCGCAAGGUCCUGCGGGCGUUCACCACGCCGUCGUCCCCCGUCCGCGUCAUUGUUGCCUCGGACCUCAUUGCUCGCGGCGUCGACAUCCUCAAGCUUGGGCACGUCAUCAACUACGACCUGCCGGCCAGCGUGGCGGGCUACGUGCAUCGCGUGGGGCGAACCGCCCGUGCGGCGCGGGCGGGCUGCGCUUGGACGCUGGUGUCUGAUGACGAGAGCGGCUGGUUCUGGGGCAGGAUCGCCAAGAACAAGGGCAUACGGCGCGCGCAACAAGUGGAGAGAACUCGGAUAGACGAGAUGGGCGAGGACCGGAUACAAGAAUACGAGAGUGCAUUGACUAGGCUUGGUAACGAAGCAUUGGAGUUGAGAAGAAAGAAGUGA